ACCGUACUACCGUAUAGACACUCCCUGUCCCCUUCUACUGUUCUACCUCCGCCUGUGCUACACAAAUUUCUAUCUAUUGAAAAUUAAGCAUGAAACAGAAGCAGGGUGGUGGAUGUACCUGUUCUUAAUGACUUGAAUGUGGUGCUGAGUUUUGUGGGGUUGAUUAUUCGUAGAUCCGGAGUAGUGAUGACCUGGAACGUGUUUCGGUUCUGCACGGCCCUCCGCGGGUUGGGCUCAAUCAUGAUUGUGUUGGUCCUUGGGGUUGUCGUCCUCACUUAUUACGCCGUUGUCAUCAUUACUUAUGGGCCGUUACUCGCCGGCGGCAGUGGCGCUAUCGCUUUCCUCACCUCCGUCGUUGUGCUAGUCUUGUUUCACUUCCUGUUGGUGAUGUUACUGUGGAGUUACUUUUCUGUUGUCUUCACGGAUCCGGGUGGUGUGCCGCCAAAUUGGAAGCCAUCUUUGGAUGAAGAAAGAGAGGAUACUGAUCCUUUAACUGCUUCAGAAUGCAUCUCUUUGCCAGCUGGUGCAGCACAUUCAACAAUCCGAUUCUGUAAAAAGUGCAACCAAUUGAAGCCCCCGAGAUGCCAUCAUUGUUCUGUCUGUGGAAGGUGUGUGUUAAAAAUGGACCAUCAUUGUGUUUGGGUUGUGAAUUGUGUUGGAGCUUUGAACUACAAGUAUUUCCUUCUCUUCCUGUUUUACACCUUUCUUGAGACUACCCUUGUGACUUUUUCAUUACUGCCGAAUUUUAUAGCAUUCUUUGGUGAUGAAGAAAUAUCUAUUUCUGCUGGAUCUCUUGCAACCACUUUUAUUGGUUUUGCUUUGAACCUUGCUUUUGCUUUGAGUGUUCUGGGGUUCUUUAUCAUGCACAUCUCAUUGGUGUUAAGGAAUACCACAACUAUUGAGGCAUUUGAGAAGAUCACCCCAAAAUGGCGAUAUGACCUCGGGAGGAAAAGAAAUUUUGAGCAGGUGUUUGGAACGGACAAAUGGUACUGGUUUAUACCAAGGUAUUCAGAAGAAGAUUUAGGAGCAAUGCCUGCUCUCCGUGGCCUUGAAUAUCCAUCAAAGCCAGAUAUUGAUGGUCAGGAAUUCUAGGAAGUAUUGUCAAAUGCUUUCCCCUUCCCUUGGGACGGAUUGUAUUAUACAAGAUGUGUGGAUGGAUCCCUUUGACGAAGCAGCGGUGUGUUAUUGGGCUUUGGGAACUGGACUUUUCAGGACUUGCAGAUGCCUUAUGAUAGUGAGGUUUAGGUUACAAGUGAGUUGUAUUCUAUUCAUCCAGCUACGUUGGUGUACAUCACAUGUAACUUGUAGUGUCAAUUAGUUAUAGCUUAUAAAUUAUAAUCAGUUAACACCAUAUCCUCAUGCACGUGUGGUUAAAACUGUGGGCAGUCCAUGUUUUGUAAGUCAAGGGAUGGCAAUGUUUAAUGCUUCAGCAAUUUUGCCAUUUGUGCCCCCACAUGCACUGAUGCAAGUAUGCAGUUCUGUUUUAAUAGUGUUAACUGUGUCAAUAAGGAUCUUGUGUAGUUGUGCCUUGUUUGUAGAUUGAAUUACUUAAAUAUCCGGCAAUUAUGUCUUGACUCUUGAUGUUUUUUUCUUUCAUUAUGCUUUGACGUUUGAGUUUUUUCCC